GAUCCCUCACACAGACACACAAGACACAUUAUAUAGCAAGACUUGCACACAAACGCACCUAUUGGGUUUUCGAGAGUGUCCAUGCGUAUUGCGAUAGCGACAGUUGUCAGAGGGAGCUGGGACUUGGUGGUGGAAGACAGGGUUUAGAAAAUGCAGAGGAGAGGAAGACAUUGAGUUUCAUUUUCACCUGCAUCCUGAUAGAAAAGGAAUUCCAUCUUGGAGGUUUCACACAGAGAGCUUAACUGAUGCUUCUACAUUUAGUCAUUUAGCAGACUUUAUUAUCCAGAGUGAGUACAUACAUUUUUCAAGCUGGUCCCACGUGGGAAUCGAACCCACAACUCUGGCGUUGCAAGCCAACUGUUGAAUAUGCACUGGGUGACAAUCUUAUCCAAGAAAAGGACAUUUUUUUCCCUCUCACAACCACGUAUGACGAUGUCCCCCAGUAGAAAUGUUUUGACUUUUUGAAAAAACACAGCAGCUUUAAAAGAGGAGGAGUUUUUAAUGUUUUUGACAGGAGGAAUGUUGGCGGGAAAUACCAAGGAGGAUUUUCCUCAAAGCCUUUCUCACAGAUUCUCUUGCCGUUUUGGCUUUUCUUGUUGCGCCGUCUUCGGUCCUCUCUGUUUGACAUAUCAUUCAUUUGAGCGGCAAUGGGAGCCAGGUGCGGCAUGAAGAAAGCAACAGGGUUGCGAGAAAGGAGAGUGGCAAGAGAACCACAGCUGUCAAAAGAGGAAGGAAACAAAGAAAAGCAGAAGUAGAAAGAGCAGAGAAAAAAAGGGGGAAGAAAUAUGAGUUUGCCAACAAACUGUGUACUCCUGGCCCCCUCCUCGGACCGGUCGUUCAAAGUGCGGAAUGGGAAUAUCUGUGGAUCCCCUUGCGCAGUCAACCGGCCCAUUGACAUUGUGCAGAAGCGCAGGCGCUUUGAUGUAGAGAAUGGGAUGUCGGUGGGGCGCAGUCCCCUGGACCCCCAGGUCAGCCCCAUCUCUGGCCUGGUCCUACAGGCCAACUACCCCCACAGCCAGCGCCGUGAGUCCUUCCUCUAUCGCUCCGACUCAGAUUUCGACCUCUCGCCCAAAGCCAUGUCCCGCAACUCCUCCACGGCCAGUGAGCUGGAAGAGGGCUUGAAGCACUGGGAAGUUGGUUGGCUGCCGCGUCAUGGAGAAGACAUGAUUGUGACACCAUUUGCACAGGUGCUUGCCAGUCUCCGAACAGUCAGAAGCAAUUUUGCCUACAUAACUCAUCUGCAAGAUCGGCCCAACAGGCGGCCAUCAGGCAGCAACCCUCCCUCCAUAACUACCCACACCAAGUCAAGCAUAACAGACGAGCCCUACCAGAAGCUGGCCAUGGAGACGCUGGAGGAGCUGGACUGGUGUCUGGACCAGCUGGAGACCCUGCAGACCUGUCACUCAGUCAGUGAGAUGGCUUCCAACAAGUUCAAAAGGAUGUUGAACAGAGAGCUCACCCAGUUGUCAGAAACCAGCCGGUCAGGAAACCAAGUCUCAGAGUUUAUCGCCAACACUUUCUUAGAAAAGCAGCAUGAUGUGGAGAUUAUGUCUGGGCCUCCUAAGGAGAAAGACAAGAAGAAGAAGAGGCCCAUGUCCCAGAUCGUUGCAGUGAAGAAGCCUGCCCUCAGCCCCAACCUCACCCCCACCCAGAUCCCCCGUUUCGGGGUCACCACCCUCCAGGAGGGCUUAUUGGCCACGGAAUUUGAGGAGAUCAACAGAUGGGGUCUAGAUAUUUUCAAGAUCGCUGAAUACUCGGGGAAUCGGCCUUUGACAGUGGUCAUGUACUCCAUUUUCCAGGAGCGAGAGCUGCUGAAAAACUUUAAGAUCCCAGCCGACACCUUCAUCACCUUCAUGAUGACCCUGGAGGACCACUACCAUGCCGACGUGGCCUACCACAACAACAUCCACGCUGCCGACGUGGUACAGUCCACCCACGUUCUCCUCUCCACCCCUGCCCUGGAGGCUGUCUUCACUGACCUGGAGAUCAUGGCUGCUCUGUUUAGCAGUGCUAUACACGAUGUAGAUCACCCCGGAGUGUCCAACCAGUUCCUCAUCAACACAAAUUCUGAGCUGGCUCUGAUGUACAACGAUGCUUCUGUCCUGGAGAACCACCACCUGGCUGUGGGCUUCAAGCUGCUACAGGAGGACAACUGUGACAUCUUCCAGAGCCUCAGCAAGAAACAGGGGCAGUCCCUCAGGAAGAUGGUCAUCGACAUGGUGUUGGCCACUGACAUGUCCAAGCAUAUGAACUUCCUGGCUGACCUGAAGACCAUGGUGGAGACCAAGAAGGUGACCAGUCUUGGAGUGCUGCUGCUGGACAACUACUCAGACCGCAUCCAGGUCCUUCAGAACAUGGUUCACUGUGCUGACCUCAGUAACCCCACCAAGCCCCUGGAGGUCUACCGUAAGUGGACCGACCGCAUCAUGGUGGAGUUCUUCACCCAGGGGGACAGGGAGAGGGACAAGGGAAUUGAGAUCAGCCCUAUGUGUGACAAACAUAAUGCCUCCAUCGAGAAGACCCAGGUGGGAUUCAUAGACUACAUCGUCCACCCUCUGUGGGAGACGUGGGCUGACCUGGUCCACCCUGAUGCCCAGGACAUCCUGGAUACCCUGGAGGACAACCGGGAGUGGUACCAAAGUAUGAUCCAGCGCAGCCCCUCACCCACACUUGAGGACAGGGAUCUUGACGGGGGGCCAGGAGCCCUGGAAGCCACACCGGGGGGAUGCUGCGCCUCCGCUGGGGACAAGUUCCAGUUUGAACUCACCCUGGAGGAGGAGGAGGAGGGUGACUCAGACCUGGAGAGCCCCCCCGAGGAGGAGACGUCACAGGGGGGAGAGACCUCUAGGAAGACCCUGGCCCUGUCUCCAUCCCCAGAGCCCAGCAGCAGAUACCGGCCCCCCUCCCCCCACCCUGGCCGGGCCCUCAGUCUGGCCACCAUGUCGGUUAGGAGCCCCGACCUUCUCAGAACGUUGGGCCCCGGGGUGGGCGCGGACGACAUAGGCGAUAGGGACAGAGAACUGGGCCAGGAAGGCAGUAGUGUAGCUUACCUACGGCUUGGCACGUAACACAAACCUUGGCCCUCCCUUCAACUUAUUCCAUCCCUGCCUUGGUUUGUGGGUCCCAGCAGCAAUUGGACAUGCAGGGUGGGAUUUCUAUCAAGUCUGUAAUGACAACAGUUCCUUUACACUGGAGACACCUUAACACUUUUAAUAUUGUAGAACAAGAAGUAUCGUUUUAUUCUCUAUUUUCUUCUGUGUGCGAGAUAGGACUUUUUAGUCCUGCAUUCUGUAGUUGAUUCUGGGCGGAAAGUGUCUUAGACUCGAAGGUAGAGAACUGACCACAAGCUAACCAGUCUCACCAAUGUCUCCUGAUCGAAGCAAGGAAUUAUACUGAGAAAACGAUGUCUUCCUCAAAAUGAUGGAAUAUAGAUAUUCAAUGGAAUAUUGCAAGGAUUGUAAUAAUUUUACAGGGUCUUGGAACUUUUGCACCACACAUUUUGAAUUCAGUCAGCAUAAAGUAGUAUAUUUUAUUUAGUUUGUCUCUGAGAAUUAUGUGAAUGUUUUACCAAAUCCAGUAUGUACCUGAAUAGUGAGAGAAUUGUAACUUAAACCUCAGGGUAUGACGAGAUAUAAAUUAUUUUAAUGUAGCAUGGACGUCUUGGGUACCCCUUAACGGAGACUGCCUGUUUAGAGUUGUGUUACUGAUGACAAACAGCUCUUAGAACCUUACCGCUUCAAGUUAUGCAAAAAUACAUAUUUAUUUGUCUGGCGACCUCUAUUGAUCUCAAUUGAAAAGUUAAUUAAUGAAUUUGAGAACUAAAGCAAUUUAAAUAUAAAAUAUGAAACGAACAGUACCAGUAAAUUGUAUUUCAAAAUCCCGAAGUACUAUGGUUGAUUGGGGUACCCAAUACAAGUUGUUUUAAAUCUAGACUAACACCGCUUACACUCAUGUUUGUAAAGUUGUAUGUUUCCAUCUGAUUAUGUUUUACGUUGUCACAUUUUCUAUUUGAUUUGAAAUGGUUCCGUUUUGUUAUAUAUAUUGGGUGUCCUCACCAUGGGUGUAUUCAUUUCACCGAUUCUGUUGCGAACCGGAAAACUGGUUUCUACUGGAAAAAUUCAGGUAGGUCUGUCCCCGUUUCGUUUCAUUUGCUCGGUUUGCUUUGGUAAAUGAUUUCCGUUGCAAGACUUAACGAACACACCCCAGGUCUGUUUGUAUCUGAGCUUUGUAAGCAUCAUUAUCAGGGUGUCUCCAUCAUACAGUAGCACUUUACACUUUUUGUUGUAGAGGAAGCCCAUUCAGUUCUAAAGAACUUGAGCCAAACCAUGAUUUUAGUGGUCAGCCAUGGAAGGCUGUAGUUCCUGUCCAGAAACAACCCUUAGGCCUAACGCCUAGCAAUAGGGAGAAAAUUCAACCUUGCAGAGAGUGAGGUGGAGACAUGGUCAUGUAGCUUAAAGGGGCAUGCAGUCAAAAACGUGAUAUCCUGUGUUUUAUAUAUACAUUUCAACACUGAGGUUGGAAUAAUACUGUGAAAUUGUGACAAUUAUGAUAAUGCACUUUAACAGCUAGUUCAGGUUACACAUCCCUCCCAUUAGGCUCCUCGGACCACUCUGACAGUCCUAGCUAAAUUCUUGAAGAAAUGGUAUUUUGCCAAGCCAUUUGUUUCUUUUUGAGAAUUUUAAUUGAAAAUGAUCUUAAUUGUUACCCAGAAAUAAUUUGAUAUUGAGAUAAAAACGGCUGCAUUGAACCUUUUAAACCUAUAAAAUCCUGUCAGAUCUCCAGAAGAGUGGAAGGGUUAGUGGUUGUUUCUGAACAGGGCCACAUUGUGGACUAAUUAGGGCUUAUUCAGUAGUGUGUGAUGAUUUGAAAGUUGCAGAUAGAAAUGUAAUGAACAGUGUUGAUAUUAUUCCCUGUAGUACACAACAGAAAACCAUGUCUGGUUUUCACAAUACUGUACAUUCUGUAUUGACAUUGGAUACUUUUUUAUUCGCCUGAAUAAGCCCCUAAAUGUCUUGAUUGAUUUGUUCUUUAAGGAAACUAGUUUAUAGGGAAAAUCUUUGGAAUUUGCGCAAACUUUGCCAACCUAAGUCGUUAUGAAAUGUUGAACAAAGUUUUCUCUUAACUGUUGAUUGUAAUCAUGUCAAAGUUUGACUUUAAAAUGUGUUGAGUAUCAGCAAUUAUCAGUUAGAAUUAUGUUAUAAUUUUAAUGGAAAUUGUAAUACCUUGACUUUAUAUGUUGGAUGUAAUGCUUCGAUGUAGAGCUCUAUUCAAUCCGUAUCGCAGAAGUUCAGCGUUACAGCGUUAUUGGCAUUUGAAGGCAAUGUUCCUGAAUAACGGAAAAUGCACAGUAAACGCUGCAUAUGUCGGCUCGAUCAGAAGUUACCAUCAUAUCGCAUAAUCUGUAACGCUUCAGCGAUACAGAUUGAACAGGGCCCUUAUGCUCUGCUCUUCACAGGGCUAUAUAUAGCUUUUACCUACAGUAUGUGAAUGUCAAUUGACCACAAACAUCAAUUUUCAAAGUGAAUUUAUAUUAUUGCGUUCGCUGAUUGCACCCUAAUUUUUAAGUUAAACCAAUACUGUACAACUUAACUAGCCCCUGCCAAAUACAAGUACACUGAACAUUUCCCCCAUAUGCUCAAAAGGCUUCUCAAAUGUCUUAUUUCUCCUUUGCCAAGAUAAUCCUGACAGGUGAGGCAUAUCAAGAAGCUGAUUAAAUGGCAGGAUCAUUUAUUGUGCUGGGCACAAUAAAGGCCACUCUAAAAUGUGCAGUUUUUUCACAACACAACGUCACACAAGUUUAGAGUGAGCUGACUGCAGUAACGUCCAACAGAGCUGUUGCCAGAGAAUUUAAUGUUAAUUUCUCUACCAUAAGCCGCCACCAACGUCAUUUUAGAGAAUUUGGCAGUAUGUCCAACGGGCCUCACAACCGUAGAACACGUGUAACUACGCCAGCCCAGGACCGCCACAUCCGGCUUCUACACCUGUAGGAUCGUCUCAGACCAGCUACGCGGACAGCUGAUGCCACUAGCACACUGGAGAAGUGUGCUCUUCACAGAUAAAUCCCAGUUUCAACUUUAUCGGGCAGAUGGUGUUGUGUGGGUAAGCGAUUUGCAGAUGUCAACGUUGUGAACAAAGUGGAGUUAUGGUAUUUGCAGGCAUAAGCUACAGACAACGAACAACAAUUGCAUUUUAUCGAUGGCAAUUUGAAUGCACAGAAAUACCGUGAUGAGAUCGUGAGGGCCAUUGUCGUGCCAUUAAUCCGCCGCCAUCACCUCAUGUUUCAGCAUGAUAAUGCAAGGAUCUGUACAUAAUUCCUUGAAGCUAAAAAUGUCCCGGUUCUUCCAUGGCCUGCACAGUCACCAGAAAUAUCACACAUUGAGCAUAUUUGGGAUGCUUCGCACAGCUGUAACUCAGUAAACUGAAAUUGUUGCGUUUUAUAUUUUUUUCCAGUGUAUACAAAAAAGAUCACUCAAUUAUCCUUAAUGGAGGACAGUGAAAUCUGAAAAUAACAAAAUUUAACAACAGCUCCAGCAUGGUAAACUUGCCUGGGAACUAACACUAAAGUAUUUCCCGCUUACUCUUUUCCUGGUAAGGCAGGGGGAAAAGUACACAAGUAUUCAUAAAUAACUUGACCAUAUUCUAUUCCCUCAUGUUUGGUAAUAAUAAGCAAACAGCUCAAAUAAGAGCCUUAAAUUGUGACUGGAGAGGAGCUGAGCUGUAUCGUGGGUAAAACGUACAUAAAUCAGUGCCAUUCAGUGUUAAAUGUGUUGUCAGAGAAGUUAGAAUGGUGACUCUUGGUCCCUUUAUUGCUUUGCUGAAACUGACAUGGUAUACCAUUACGGUGAUUGUUCUGUGUGUCUUUUUUAUCCGCAAUGUUGGACAGUAGUAUGUAAGUACGGUAAGAGAUCUUAAUUUUUCUGGAGCCAAAAAUAUUUUACAAAUUUGCUUAAUUUAAUAAUUUAAAAGUAAUUUUUAAAAACAUUUCUGGAGUUCAGUGAAAAUGCAAAUAAAUUAUGGAAACCUG